AUGGGCACGCCGCGCCGACCAAGGUGGCGGGACAGUCUUCCGUCCAUGUCUCUCCACUGGCGAAUCACCGACCUACGCCACCUAGCAGUCUUCGCCCUUGCCGCCUUCAGUGUAUCGCUGCUGCUAUUCGAAGCCCGCCGUGAGAUCAGGGAGACGGCGCGCGACGAGAUCAUCGAUGUGAUCGAGCAUAACCUCCCCGUAGUCCCUGAGCCCAAUGCGCCAUCUCCCAAAGUCCCAGGGCAGUGCACUACCUGGCCUGUGGGUGCAAAGGGCGACUACAACGUAAGGGUUCACACAUCAAACUUCGCGCUUCAGAGCUUUGCACCACCAGGGGGCUGGAAGAAACCUCAUGGCAUCGCAAUCAAGGCAUUGGUCUUCUAUGGCCGCAAGAGAACUGUGGACUUCCUAGACUGCUAUCUGCAGAAGAACCUCGCUGUGAACGGCGGGUACCUUGAUGAGAUCUGGUUCAUGAUACACACGGAUAUCGAAGAGGAUCUGAAAUACCUGAAAGAACUUGUACUGCAAAGGCCACAGUACAAAAUAGUGAUGCCGGGCCAGUGUCAGGGGUUCAACUACGCUUGCAUGUGGGACCCUGUCGUUGAGGACAACACGAUUUAUAUCAAGAUUGACGACGAUAUUGUAUUCAUUCAUCCUGACACAAUACCUCAACUUGUAUCUACACGAAUCGCUGAGCCUCACCCUUUCGCUGUCUCUGCCAACCUGAUAAAUAGCCCUUUAACCGGUUUCAAGCAUUAUGAUGCUGGAGCGAUCCACCCCUUUCUCCCCGACCCAAAGGUUAAGCCCUCUCAGCAAGCAGCACAAUUAUGGCGUCCAUCGGACUUCAGAGCAUUCCCAAAGAAGAACGUCCCCAAAACGAUCAAAAAUGGCACGAUUCUAACAGAGGAGAUCACGAAUAAGCACUUGUUUGCAACACCGCACUACAGCGGCCACCCGUGGCUAUUACUCGACGAUAUCGAGGAUGCGUUAUUGAAAACGCCGAUGGGCAUCGACAAAUUAACAUCGUUAGCUGAUGGUGGUGAUUUCAUGUAUGGAGCUGCCUGGAAAUCCUGGAUGAUCUCAGCGCAGCAACAAUACUCGUUGCUGAGAAAUCUCGAACUCAACACCAUGUGGCGAUAUCACUUCGGCACGCAGAUCGACUAUCCCCAAGGUGCCAACUCAUCAGCAGACGCAGCGGCUCUAAAGUUUUUCGACCCGAACCAUUUAGGCCCCGGAGCUGAGCAGCUUUAUGAUACGGAGUAUAUUCGAUACAAUUUGAACUUCGUCGCUGUCUGGGGACAUGACAUCAAGAACGCACUGCCUAUUGCCGAAGACGACGAACAAGAUAUCACGGCAACGAUACCGCAGCGUCUUCAACGGCCCUUUGUGAUUGAUACCCGUGCUAUCGUCGGCCACCUGAGCUUCUACCCCCAGCAUGAUGGAAUUCGGCAAACUGAUCUGCUGGACCGCUGGCGAGCCUUCGCUAACGAAAUGAUCUGCGCGGUAGACAAUCAGAAGAUACCAUUCGAUCCACGGUGUCCUGGUUAUUAA